UCUGGGAGGGGGAAGGGGCGGGACCCGCAGAGUGAGGCGGAGGUGGGUCGGCUAGACCGGCACAGGCGUUGAAGGAGCUGGAUAUCGCCCGCGGCUGAGCCGACAGACCCAGGCGAGCAGACCAGAGCGGAGCGCUCGGGAAAACUGACCCUGACGGAGGCAGUGGGCUUGUGAGACCGCAGAUCAGGGUGUUGGGAGGAAUUGCAUCACCUGGAAGGCGCGACCAUAGACUGACCGGCGCAGGGCACCUGACGGUUCUGAUCUUUGUACUGCGGGAGCUGCUCUUCAUCUCCUGCUCCUGAUCUAUGGAUUCUCCAUCUAGCGUUUCCUCUUAUUCCUCCUCCUCUCUCUCCUCGUCAUUUUCUACAUCCCCUGUGAACAGUGACUUUAGCUUCCCCUCUGAUAAUGAGAGGGAGGGCAGGAGCGCCCAUGGGCUCAGGCCAGCCGCUGUUGAGCAAAGGGGAGGCUCCCAGCCCAGUCCAGGUCCUAUCCGCUGCAGACAUCGCCCCAGGGUUUCUAGUAACCAACAAGCAGCAUCUCAUCCGGAACAGCGAGGAUCUAGGGUCAAAGGAUCCAGAGACGGUGAGCUGGAGACCAGUCUGCACACCCAGGGGUGCACCACAGAGGGAGACCUGCUUUUUGCUCAGAAGUGUGAAGAACUCCAAGGGUUCAUAUGGCCCCUUACAGACCUACUGAACGGACUAAAGAUGGGCCGCUUCGACAGAGGGUUGAGUAGCUUCCAGCAGAGUGUGGCCAUGGACCGUAUCCAGCGUAUAGUCGGUGUUUUGCGGAAGCCUCAGAUGGGAGAGCGUUAUCUAGGAACCUUGCUGCAAGUGGAAGGGAUGUUAAAGACUUGGUUUCCUCAUAUAGCUGCCCAGAAGUCAUCCUUAGGAGGUAGCAGGCACCAGAUAAGCAAGCUCUUCCCAAGCCACCACAGUGACUCGGCUGCGUCCUCUCCUGCACCUCGAAUGGAAAAGGUGGGCCACACACAGCCAGGACAUUCAGUUCUGAAGCCAAAGCAGUCUUGGCACCUCACAGAGUGGCCAGCUAUGAACCUCACCUGGACUCACAGCACUCCAAUUUGUAACCCUCCCCUCAGUUCCCAGGGCUCCACUUCUGCCCACAGCUCCUUAGGCACUGGAGCCAGCAUCGGUGUCAUCCUAGUCCUCCAGAAAGGGGGACAGCCCUCCACCCGCUCUGCCCCAGGCACCCCAGUUCCACCAACUACACUGCCUCCUGUCGUCCCUGGUGAGCUGAAGAAACUGUCUGGAGAGGGGCCUUGUUGCCACAGUGUGCCAGUAAUGCUGCCGUCAGACUGGAGCCGCACCCUCUGUCCCCCAGUUCUACCUACCACAGUCAGAGACAGGACUACAGGACACCUAGAGUCUGCAGUUGCCCCUGGUCCUUAGCCCCGACCCAGACUUACACCUGUCCUCCAGUUUCCAGUCUGCGUAAAUUUAUGUUUAUGUGGUAUUCUUUUUUCUUUUCUUUUUUUUUUAACUUUUAAUGUAUUUGUGGCAAGGAAAAAUAAAUCCUUUCUGAUUAAA